AUGAUAAUAAACUUUCUAAGAACCUCUACUAGGCUAAAAUCAACUCAAAAUCUAUCAAGUUCCCUAUUCAAAUCAUCAUUCAAAAGACAGUUUCAAAAUAGCACAUAUCACUCGAGAUCUCACAUCAAUACUAAAACCAAGACAUACAUCACCAUAGCAUCAGGUUUAUCCUUAUUUACUUAUCAUUACUCCACACAAAAUAAAGUUCAUAAUGAUGUACACGCACUUGAUACAUCAGUUCAUGAAUUAAAUCCAAUAGAAGCUGCGGAUACUUAUGAAAAUGGAUUAUUUGAAGCAUCACAACAAGAAGAAAAAGAUCAAUUUAAUAAUUAUAGAAAUUCCAAAACUCAACAUUCGUCUUGGCUAAUAAGUAUACUGUAUAAAUUAGUAUUCGCGUUUGAAGAUUAUAUCAUAGAUCCGAUUAUUACAUUUUCAAGAUUCAUACAUUUAUCAUUCAUAUUUCUUCCUGUCUUAUUAACCAGUCCCAUAUGUUGGUUUGGAAGAAAACAUAAAACAGAAGAUGGGGAUUACGUACGGACUGGUGCAUCAUUAUGGUACAGAUAUUUACGUUGGUCAGCCGAACAAGCCGGUGCUUCAUUCAUCAAAUUAGGUCAAUGGGCAGCAAGUAGAACUGAUAUAUUCCCAAUAGAAUUAUGUAAUGAACUAGGAUCUUUACAUUCCAAUGCAAAAGCUCACAGUUUUGAACAAACUAAAAAGACAUUAGUCAAGAGCUUUGGUGGUUUACCAUUUGAUGAAAUAUUUGACGAAUUCAAUGAGAAACCAGUUGGUGUGGGAGCUAUAGCACAAGUUUAUACUGGUAAAUUGUCAAAAAAAGUAUUGGAAAAAGCAUCUAAUGAAGAGAACAUUAUCGAAAAGAAAUUAAAAUCAAAACAUCAUAAAGAAAGUCAAGAUGUACAAUUUUUCGAUAAACUUAUAGUUACUGAACAUUUAGAUUCAAAUGAAUAUGUAGCUAUAAAAGUUUUACAUCCAAAAGUUGAGAUUAAUGUGCAUAGAGAUUUAAAAAUAAUGAAAUUUUUUGCAGACAUUGUUAAUUGUAUACCCACAAUGGAAUGGCUUUCUUUACCUGAUGAAGUUGAACAAUUUGCAAUAUUAAUGAAAUUACAAUUAGAUUUGAGAAUUGAAGCAUUAAAUUUAGCAAAAUUCAGAGAAAAUUUUAAGAGUAGAUUAGAUAUACAUUUCCCAAAACCAUAUUUGAAUUUUACCACAAGAGAUGUUUUAGUGGAGGAAUAUAUGCAUGCUAUACCAUUAAGUAAAUUAUUAUCAUUGACUGAAAAUUUUGGGAAAAACUUGUCAAAAGAAGUCAGUGACAAAGGAUUGGAUGCAUUUUUGAAAAUGUUGAUUCUUGACAAUUUUGUACAUGCAGAUUUACAUCCAGGUAAUAUGAUGGUUCGUUUUUACAAAAAUGAGUUAUAUAGACAUGAAAAGGAAUACAAAAUAGUAAAAGCAUCAAAUGAGAAAGAAACCAAUAAAAUAACAGAUGAAUUAUUAAAAAUUAAAAAUCCAACAGCAUGGUGUGAAAAAUUAGCUCUGUUAUAUGAAGAUGGCUAUCAUGCAGAAAUUUGCUUUUUGGAUGUUGGUUUAGUCACAGAAUUAAAUCAUACUGAUCGUGUUAAUUUCAUAGAUUUAUUCAAAGCAUUAUCAGAAUUUGAUGGAUAUAAAGCAGGAGAAUUAAUGGUUGAGAGGUCAAGAACUCCCGAAACAGUAAUAAAUAAAGAAAUUUUUGCAUUAAAAGUUGAAAAAUUAGUUGAUAGAAUGAAAGAUAGAACAUUUACAUUAGGUAAUGUAAGUAUUGGGGAUUUACUAGAUCAAGUUUUAAGUAUGGUGAGAAAUCACCAUGUUAGAAUGGAAGGUGAUUUUGUAACUGUUAUUGUAGCAAUAUUAUUAUUAGAAGGUGUCGGUCGACAAUUAGAUCCUAAUUUAGACUUAUUUGCAAGUUCAUUACCAGUAUUAAGAAAAUUAGGUAUAUCCAAAGAAGGUAGAGAAAUGAUGAAAGAUGACAAUAGUUUAAGUAUGGUGAAGAUUUGGCUAGCAUUAGAAGUAAGACAAUUUAUCAAUGCUUCAAUUCAAGAUAUGCAUUCGUUGGUAAAAGCGGACAUGUUGAGUCCAAAUAUGUAG